AUGUCACGUGAGACCACUUUCAUGCUCUCCCACCUUGUCAGUUGGCUUUCGACCUUGUCGUUGGUUUUUGGUGGAUGCUGCAGCAAUGCCAUAACUCUUGAGCAACUGACUUCGUUAUAUCCAAGUGCUGGCUCUUUGAUAACUGUUUGUCAGUUCGUGGUCAUAUCCCUACAAGGACUCCCAAGACACGUUGCCUGGACGCGAUAUGGACCCAGAUUGAAGUCACGUCGGAUACCACUGAGGUUCUACAUUGCUCAGGUCGCGUUAUACUACUUGGUAUCCCUAUUAAAUAAUGUUGCGUUCGGAUACAACAUCCCAAUGUCUGUGCACAUCAUCUUCAGAAGUGGGGGGCUGGUGAUCACCAUGUUGCUUGGUUGGAUUAUAGCGAAGAAAAGAUAUAACAUUACUCAAAUCACCUCUAUCGCCACAGUUACUGUUGGUGUUUUAUUGACGACUAUGUCUGCCUCUAAACAGUCGUCAGGAUCGGGAAAUGACUCGCUUUUGACAUACCUGACGGGGAUUGCCAUCUUAACAUUAGCAUUGAUAUUUGCUGGGCUCCUGGGCUUAGUUCAGGACUACACCUAUUCAAGGUAUGGGCGUCCGUUGCCCGUGAAUGCGAGCACGAGUUCGCUGGCUGCCCCACCUCCGACUUGGCAGGAGUCCAUGUUCUAUCUUCACUUCCUUGCGCUGCCGAUGUUCGUCAGCGUACGAAAGGACAUCCUAUCCCAAAUACACGCUAUCCAAAUAGGGCCAGCAUCGACAUAUUCCCUCCCUACAGCCGGAAGUCGUAAAUGGCCAUUGUCCAUUCUGCCAUCCCUUGCUUUCCCUAAUUCUCCCGUCGCCUUGAAUAUGUCUUUACCCGUCUCCUUCUAUAGUGCGGACGGAGGCACGUACGCGCGAUUAACACUGCCUUCGGCAUCAUUACCCCUCCUCCUCAACACCCUAACGCAAUCGUUCUGUGCAGCGGGAGUCAAUCGACUUACUACGCGCGUUAGUGCGCUUACCGUGACUCUGGUGCUAGUCGUACGAAAAGCCAUGAGCCUCGUGUUGAGUGUCACGCUAGGUUUCGGGAAGGUGGGUGGAAAAACUGAAAAUGUAGAUAUGAAUAUGAUGUGGACUGGUGCGGCGCUGGUGAUGCUGGGUACCAUCGGUUACUCGUUUGGCACUCAGGGAAAGAGGGAGAAAAGAGAAUAA